AUGCUCCUGGUUCAGAUCCCCAUGCUGUCCAGAUUCACCUUCUUGGACCAGGUGUAUCUAUCUGCGAGCUUUGCAGUGCUUUAUGUCGUUGUGAUGGGUUGCAUGGGGUACUGCGCCUUCAUGGAUCCCGGGCAGGUCAAAAAGACCCGCAACACCAAAGUUGGUGCCAUGGACAUUGAGGAGGGGAUGCCACGGCGCGCAUAUAAGUCAUGGCAAUAUCCCCGCCCGAUCCGGCGCUACGACCACUAUUGCAAGUGGCUAAAGAAUGUGAUUGGCCUUUCAAACCACCGUGAGUUUGUGGUGACGGUGGGGGGUCAAGACCUUGGAAAUGCGUGUUGGGCCAUGGACCAAUGUGAGGACCAACGAAACAUGGAUGAGCUUCAGGCCUAUUUUGAAGAUCCACGUCGGGUUGAUCUCAAGGCGCGUUCUGGGCAACUUGCAAAGAGUCGCAUCAUGUUGGUAGACUUCGAAUUCUUGUACUUGCUCGGAAAGGCCAACAACACCACCAUUGGUGACAACAUUCCUGUGGAGGAACUGGAUGAUGACGAGUACAACGAGAUCUUUGACUCAGUCGAAGAUGUCGUUGUACUCGGCCAGGUCUGCUGCCUGCGCUUACGGAAGCGCCUUGGAAAGAAUUUGGCACAGGUGAAAGUGGUGACUCUCUUGACCAGCAGCAAGCCACCAACCCGGCGCGAAGAAGACAAGGAAGGUGUGCAGGUGUAUCUAUCUGCGAGCUUUGCAGUGCUUUAUGUCGUUGUGAUGGGUUGCAUGGGGUACUGCGCCUUCAUAGAUCCCGGGCAGGUCAAAAAGACCCGCAACACCAAAGUUGGUGCCAUGGACAUUGAGGAGGCUCCAGACCAACCUUCACGCAGAAUUGGAAGUCAGAAAUCGCAUCAAAUCGUUGCAUAUUGUCAUGGCAAUAUCCCUGCGCAAUCCGGCGCUACGACCACUAUUGUGCUCUUGUUUGCAAUCGGCCUUUCAAACCACCGUGAGUUUGUGGUGACGGUGGGGGGUCAAGACCUUGGAAAUGCGUGUUGGGCCAUGGACCAAUGUGAGGACCAACGAAACAUGGAUGAGCUUCAGGCCUAUUUUGAAGAUCCACGUCGGGUUGAUCUCAAGGCGCGUUCUGGGCAACUUGCAAAGAGUCGCAUCAUGUUGGUAGACUUCGAAUUCUUGUACUUGCUCGGAAAGGCCAACAACACCAUCAUUGGUGACAACAUUCCUGUGGAGGAACUGGAUGAUGACGAGAUGACAGAUCAGGAAAUGCAAAGAGGAACCCUUUUGACAACGGGAGAUUCACAAACUGCUGGAACUUUUGGUGCCAGCCCCGUUGGCCUGCUGCCAGGGGCUUACUUCUAUGCCACGCUAUGUCUGGUGCCUGUGCUUACGGAAGCACCUUGGAAAAAAAUGGCACAGGUGACAGUGGUGACUCUCUUGACCAGCAAGCCACCAACCCGCGAAGAAGACAAGGAAGAUAUGCAGGUGUAUCUAUCUGCGAGCUUUGCAGUGCUUUACGUCGUUGUGAUGGGUUGCAUGGGGUCAUGGCAAUAUCCCCGCCCGAUCCGGCGCUACGACCACUAUUGCAAGUGGCUAAAGAAUGUGAUUGGCCUUUCAAACCACCGUGAGUUUGUGGUGACGGUGGGGGGUUUGGUGUUAAUCGCAAUGCUUGGCAUAAUUGUGGAUCUUUAUCUGGCAGUCUUGAUUGCCGAGAAGGUGCACAAUUGGUUUGAUCGAACGAUGGAGAUGCCACAGCUUGAUGGAACAUCGCGGAGGAACAUGGAGGAUGGUUUCUGGAUGGUUUCAGGACAACACCCACCAAAUGCUGAUUGCUUGCCAGGGCUUUUUUCUUAGUGCGAUUUUUGUUGCGUCGAUUCCCCAAAGCCGGGAUGAAUGCGUUGUGCUGACUUUAUCAGAUUGCGGAACCAGAUUCAAAAUUUCAAAGGUGAGAUGCUGUGAUUGUGAUUAAGGGUACAGGUCAGAGAUUGGUCCCCUUGGAUUUUACAAAUGUUAGUAUUGAUGUUUACUCCUUUUCAUAUCUAGAAGGUUUGAUGGGACAUCAUGAUGAGUUUUCUCUGUCUAUGGCUUCUCUUACUACGUGCCGAGGCUUCAUCUGGGAUAUUCCAUUGCUCUGCUGGCCAUGGCUGGGCCUAUUUUGAAGAUCCA